AUGGCGGACCCGGAUGCCAUCUACGAGCUGGCGCAACGAAUAGAGUCCAACAUCGAAGUCGACAAGAGAGUCGCAGCACUACACUCCUUGCAGUCUCAGAUCGAAUCAGCCGGCUAUGUCGUCGAAGCAGAUGCCGUCACCUCGGCUGUUAAGGUAGCACUCAAGCAUUCCAACCAGGCCUUGAGCACAGCUUCCCUCUCCUUCAUCCCAACGUACGCCUCGAUGAUCUACUCUGGCGAUGGCACCGAUACGCAGUCGGUGCUCAACCACAAUGUCCGCAUGCUGGUCAACUCGGUCACUUUGCUAGCCAUCGAAAAGCUCGGCGAUCAGAAGGAACGCAUCCGCGAAGCUGCACGCACUGCGCUAAUCGAGCUCGGCAACGCUGCGUAUGCCAUCAGCUCGGCACAGCUCACGUCUUCGGGCAAGGGGAAAGAAACCGAAACGCCGCUUGGCAUCUUCGAGCGCACUCUCCGGGAAGGAGGUCUUUCCGCCAAAAUGGCGCGAGUGCGAGAGCAAUCGGUGCUGCUCUUACCCAUCUUGCGGCAGAACUGCGAAAAGUACCCGGUCAGACCGCUUCUUCCGAUCACAGUGGAGCUGCUGCUCGAUGCAGAUGCGACAGUCAGGGAAGGUGCCCGCUCAACGCUUGUCAGUCUCUUCAGCAGCGCGGCUCCUGGCGCCAAAGCAGACCUCAAAAAGGAGCUCGAGAAGCGAGCUGUCAGAAAGCAGACCGCGGACGGCAUCCUUCGCGAGGUGCUUGGCGCGCCGUCAGCUUCAACAGAGGCGGUCCUCAGUCCACCACCACCAACAGCAUCAGCCUUUGCACCUACCACUCGCAGCCGGACCACCUCGUCUCAUGGCGUUGAAGUUGAGACACCCACCUCGUACACCAAGGCAACUGCGUCCCAAGCCGCACCUCCCACAGCACAAUCGGCUGCCGCAACUGCCGAAGCUGACGACAUCCGCCCAGUCUACAUCGCUUCCCGAUCCGACUUGGAACGCACCUUCGCAACCAUGAUGCCCUUCUUCGAGUCCAAAGAGUCCGAGCACAACUGGCUCAAUCGCGAACAGUCCAUGAUCAAGAUCCGCGGUCUCAUCGUCUCCGGCGCGCAUCGUCAGUUCGGAGAAGCUUUCUUUGUCGGACAGCUCAAGAGCGUUCAAGAGGGCAUCCUCAAAUCUGUCGCCAGUCUGCGAACCACAUUGUCCAUGCACGGCGUCCACCUCGUUCAAGAGCUGGCCAUCGAGCUAGGUGAUGAUCUCGGCCCUUGUGUCGAGGCCUUCCUCAUCCACCUCAUCGGCAUGGCUGGAUUCACGAAGAAGCUUAUCGCCAACGCGACGCAGGAGGCCGCGGCGGCAAUCAUGAUCAACGUCAGCUUCCGCCCGCUCUACCUCCAGCUCAUCUGGCAGGGCAUGCAGGACAAGAAUGUCGCCACUCGAACAGCGACUGCUGAUCACCUUUGCACCGUCCUGAACCACCACGCCGCGCACCGCAAGCAUGCGGUGGAGUCGCAUGGAGGCUUGGACCUGCUCGAUAAGUGCAUGAGAAAGGGCGUCGGCGACUCAAAUCCAGCCGCAAGGACCAAGGGCAGGGAGGCAUUCUGGAUCUUCCACCGCUACUGGCCCGACCAGGCGAACGUCAUUUUGAAUUCGCUCGAUCCAUCGACGAAGAAGCAGGUGGCUGCGUUGGCACCGGCUGACGUGGAGACAGAGGCCAUCGUCGAACAGAAGCCGAAAGCCGGUGCUGGACCCGUCCGUGCUAGGCCUGGCGGUGCAUCGAUGGCGCUAAUCCAGGCCAAGAAGGCGGCAGCAGCCAAAGCUGCGCAGGAGAGAGAACGCAAGAAGGCCGAGGAUGCUGCGGCCGCACACGAGGCUCGCGUCGCUGAUGCGCGGGCUGCAUUGGCCGAACAACAGCAGCGAGAGCUGCAGCACCAGCAAUACCAGCAACAUCACCACGAGCUUCAACGUCAAGCUCCGGCUGAGGAAUCCGCCACUCCCGUUGCGAAGAGAAGCACUGGAUUCAUGCCGAUUAGGAAGGGUGCCCAACAGUCGAGCCAGGCAUCGAAUCUGAGGCCGUCGACCGAGCUGUCCGUACUCGUGAGCCCCACAGCUCACCAGCGAAUCGAGACUGCGAUCGCGGUCCCGCUUCCGACCAGUCCUACUCCCGUCGCUCUGGACCUCGAAACGCCUCAGCCGCGUCGUGGUCCCGCUUCCAGCCAAGUCAGCUCGCCCGGCCUCAGUCCCGGCGUCGCACGCAACCGCGCCAUCUCUUCAUCGUCACUAUCCUCGCAAGGCUCCGGCUCGGGAUCAUCGUACUGCUCCGCUCGAGUGCCCGCCUCUUCCAGCACGCCUCGCCUGCAUCGCGCCAUCCCCACCAACCACACCAGCCUCGACGCCGACCUCGAGAACCUCAGCAUCGCCAAUUUCGACGCCGACGACACGAGCGACGCCACCCAACUGCCCCGCUUCAACGGUGCAGGCGAAGACGACACGGUGCAGCUCAGCGCACCCGAGGACGCAUCGAUGGAUCUGAUGGGUAUGAACUUCACUUCGCCUUUCAAGCUCCCCGUGUCCGCCACGACGCGUGCGGUCAAGACGCAGUCCGUGCUGGUGGAACGGCAGAACGCGCUCGAUUCGCUGCAGUCGACUCCGCAGCCGAAGACGCAGCGUACGGCGUCGACGUCGAGCGGAUCGAGUGGGCAUUCUGGGGGCACACCGGGUAGCGCUCGCAGAUCGGGGUUGCCGCGACCCGUGUCGAUGCUUCACACUCCCUCGCCGAAUGGGUCGCGUGGGGGAGUGCUGGCAUCGACGCCGUCGCGCCAUCCUCCACAGGUAGCCAACGGAGGUAGCGCGCUCGAGAACCGGGGUAAGCGACUGGAUGCGCAGAUCGCCUCGCCAUCGCCAGCGAAGGCCAAGCCCGAGGUGUGGGGCUGGAUCCGCGCGCUCGAGGGUCAGACCGCGGAUGUGCGUACGUUCAGGAGGCUCGCGAGGCUGUCGGCUGAGUUCAAGGUCUCCCCAUCGUCCGCCGAGGGAGGUGACGAGACGCUCCUCCAUCCCGGACCAAACGGUCUCGCGCCGAAAUCGGACGAGGAGUCGUUCACCGGCACCGACGCGUGGCUCGACGGCGGGUUGUUCAGCAGCCUGUUCGGUGCACUCAAGCCAUACCUCUCCGAGGCCACACCCGGGGAGCUGCAGCUGAGCGCCCAAGUGGUGCUCCAUCGACUGGUGGAGAAUCAGGCCUCGCUAUUCGCGGCGACCGGGAAAGAAGGUGAGCUAUUGGAUCUGCUCCUCACCUCCAUCGCAUCACUAUCCAUCUCGACCCCUGCACCAUCAUCGAUGGUAGUGGCGAGGAAGACCGCGCUCCAAGGGCACGAGACGAUCCUCUCCACGUGGGCCUCGCACUGCGAUCCAAUCCUAUCCUUCGACCUCCUCCCGCUGCACCCCGGUGCGGGGGUGACGCCUGCACUCCUCCGCUCCGGCUACACGCCCCUCCUGCUGCGUCUACCGGCAGAACUGGUGCUCGACGACUUCCUUCCGCGUCUCGCACCCCUGCUGAAAGGCGCACUCACCGCCCCAACCGCAGACCUGAGGCUCGUCAGCACUACAAUGCUUAAGAAGCUCAAUGCGAAAUGUCUGGCGGAGGGCGUGACCGAUAGCCACGGACGCAUCUUCGCUGCGCUAGGGUUGGACGGCGAAGACGCGGGGCUGUUGGAUGUGUUGAUGUAUUACUUUUCCAAGAAGUAG